CUCAAGUGAAAAUUUGUUUAAAAUAAUCAGAACAUUUCGUAUAUGUAAUAUUCAGAGUCUCACGUUUUCAAAUCCUAUGUCUCUCGGUAGUGAGGCUUGUAUUUUGAAGCUCAAAGAAGAAGUAUAUCUGUUACAUGAUGUUGUAGAAAGAGUCAACAAACGCGCAAAUAUGAAAGUAGCGUACUCUUGGAAGUUUCCCGGAAAAUCUGCUUUUGAAACAAAAAUUCUUCCUGUUUUAUCUAAAUGCAAUUUCUCUACAUCAAACAAACCUUCAAAUACUAUGCUACAUGUGUUUUUACUGGAAAUGAUAAUCGACAGAUGUUUGUUAAUAUUUCAAAUCCUUAGCCAUCUAUGUAAGACAGUUUGUCAUCAUCUAUGCUCAUCUAACGAAGACUCAAACUCAUUAAGUUCCUGCGUCCAUGAACAUGUUUCAGUCGUUUCUUACUUAAUCAGCCUGAUUAGUGUUAAUGCAGAAACAAAGGAAGCAGUAUAUCUUAAAUAUGAUGAAGAAAAUCAUGAAACGUCUUAUGAGGUUGAAAGAUUCGCGGAUAGAAAGAUUGCUGCAGAUGCCAUUAAGUGGAUUGCCGAUGUUGAACGCUAUUAUAAGUCUUCAUCCCAAGCACCUUCAGAGUUAACUGAUAAGAAUGGUGAGUUGGUAACCAGAUCGCAAGGAACACAAGCUACAAUCUCUGAAAACCAAGGCGGAAACUUCUCACAACUGUUUCAAUCCGUGAUUCAAGUUUUAUCAAGGUGUUUAGUGAAACCAAUGGACACAUACAAUCUGCCUUCUGAAACGGGACGCUUCAUAAGUGAUGCAAAGCACUUACCAGGGUGGAUAGGAUGCAAAGCAGACGAGUCUAGGUCUCUUUUAUCGUCUGUCGAGCGAGACAUUACACGUUUGAUCAAAUAUUUGGAAACAAACAGUUCACCAAUAAAAAUAAUGGAGGAACAAUUAAAUUUAGUGAAGAAAGAGAACGUUCAGCUUUCCAAAGAAAUUUUAGAUAAACAAUACGAGUUCAAUACCGUUCAUGAAAAAUUGUCCAAAGAAAUAAGAAACUUAAGUAAGAGGAAUAUUGAAUUAAAGGAAGAAAACACAAAUAUCAAAACCGAAAUAGAGAAUUUACAUAAAAUGAUAAAGACUAAGGAAUCUCGAACACUCGAAUUAGAAAAUCAAUGUGAAGUAAUAAAAAACAACAUAGAGAAUUUACAAAAGCUUUGUGAUAGUGACACAAUUCAGCCAGAUGAAAUCAACUUAUCUUCGAAUCCAUCUUGUAUCAUUGAAUCUUGUCUAUUGAAAUUUAGACAUAAACUAGAAAAUACUAUAGAUGAAUGUCAGCGAAUUUCAAAACUAUUAGAAAUGAAAGAAAUGGAAAAUCAAAAUAUGAAUUCACAAUUAUCGAUGCUUACUACAAAACAUGAAAAACUUUCAACACGACUAAAUCAACUAACUACUCUUAAUGAACAACUAGAAGAAGAAAUUGCACUAAAGGAGAACUCAAUUCAAUAUCUGAAUUCUCAAUUGACUAAUUCUAAUCAAAAAGUAUCCGAAAUAGAAAAUUCCUUAAAUGAUAUCAAAAGUAAGUUAACAGAAAAUGAAGACAUUCGUAAAUCAACUGAAUUGAAUCUUGAACAAGUUCAAUUAGAAAACAAAGAAUUACAUGAAAAAUUAAAUAAAUUAAAUGAAGAUAUUUUAAAUAUGGCACAGUAUCCAGAUUUAAAUGGACCAAUCACGUUUGAGAAUAAUGAAAAAAGUGUCGAUGAAGAACUAAAAGGACAAAUUCAAGCAAAUGAACUUAGAAUUACUCUUCUAGUAGAACAGACUAAACGAUUACGCAAUGCAUUACUGGUGAUAAAUGAUAAAAGACAAAAUAUGAAUAAUAACCAUAAUAAUGAGAUACAAUUCAUGGAAGAAAAUACUGAAUUACUGUCACCUAAAAUUGAUCAUUCAAUACUUAGUGAUGAUGAUAAUAAUAAUGAUGAUGGCGAUGCAACAAGUAUCAUUCGACCAAAUUCUAUCUCAUCACUUGAUAAUAUGUCAUCAGAUAAUCGAUCUGUAAAAGAAGAUAAUUGUCGUAUACGUCAGAAAACAUAUACAAAAUCCAAUAUCAAUUCCAGUGAAGUAAAUGGAAAUCAUCAAAAUGUUCAAUUAUGGUCUGGCCCAAAUGCAACAAGAAAAGGUAUUGUAUUUCUUAAUUAGAUUGUUUGAUAAUUUCAUAUUCGUGAUUUUCAUUAUUAAUUGUUUAAUAAGCAAGGAUGAAUGUUGAUUGGAAAGAACUGGAAAGGAAGGCACAGGAAAAAGUUGGAUGGAGGAUGCUGGUGAGCGGUUCAUGCUCCUCGACGAGGGGUAACAGGCGUAAGUAAGUAAUAAGAAAUAAAAAGGACUGGUGGAAACGACUGUACAUUGAACAACUGUUUAAAUUUGACGUUCCAAGUCAUAUCUUAAUUUUAUGUUCUCAUGUUAUUACACCAGAUAUUUCGAUUUUCUACACAUAUAGAAGACCCAAUUAAAGACGAACAAAAUAUAAAUGAUCAAAUUAUCACAAUUUUAUGAUCAGCAUGUGAUAACAAGUCAUAUGAAUGAUCUACGAUCUUUUUGACAAAGAUACAAGCUGAUCAAUACAGAACGUAAAACGUUAGAGUACAAUGCAAUAUAAUGCAGUCUUUUAUUUCGAAGGUCUGUCACAUUAUAAGCCUUGUAUAUAUCUAUCAGACUAACAGUCUAAUAAAGGAAAAUACAAAUAUAUUUAUCUGUUUAAACGAAAUAUAAUCCAACUGGUGAGAACAAAUGGCCUAGUAAGUGUAGAUGGCGUCGAUUCGUGAUUGACUGUGAUCAGCACUACAGUAACAUUACGCGCCCAAAAUCGACUUGAUUUCUUUGAUAACUCGCAAACCAGAAGGCUGUAAUUAGUCC